UUGAAAACCUUUUUCGGAAGUAACUGAUGCAUUUGUUUUUUCAAAGCUGGGGUCCUCCGAGUCAUAAGAUUAUCUGUCUGGAGAGCGUUUGAGGAGAAGAGGCGUGUGUCCAUGUCAAAUCCACUCACGAACACCGGUGCCUGUGUGGUAAGGGCUCUGCUGCAGAACAGACCAGCAGGUUUUUAACCGGUACAGCCAUGGCAGUAGUGGUCAACACGCUUGUUGCAGACUAAAUGUUAAAAAAAACUCUCCUCAUGAAUCCAAAUGUGCUGCACCAUUAUCCUCCAACUACCUCUGGUCUUCUUAUUCAUGGUUCAAGUAUGGGCUUGUCAUUCCUUUUGGUCUUGGCUGCCUCUGUUAUCCUGAUCAGACCAGAAACCCCUGUAACAAAGGCCCUACAUCAGAACUCACUGGAGUGCUGCGGAGAGAAACAGAGAGGGAACAAUUCAUGCUCAAAUGACACUCACUGUGAACCAGGUUGCUUCUAUCGUGUGCUGGAGAACAGCAAUACUGUCUGCAUAUUCUGUGACUCGGCAGCGGUGGAUUUAGAGAAUGUAACCGUCUGCACGUACAACUACACAUUGGACCGUAAAAACCACACAACAGUAACGACGGUCAUUCCUAAAAUUGGAGGCCCUGGUGUGGCGGCCUCUGUCCUUCUAGGAACCCUUUUGAUCAGCAUGUUCCUCAUCCUCACUGUUGCCUCCUUUUUCUACCUCAAACGCUCCAACCGGCUGCCUGGUUUCUUCUAUCGGCGGAACAAAGCGUUUAUAUUUCAACCAAGUGAGACAGCAGUUAUGAUCCCCUCCUCAUCAGUGAGGAAGCCUAGAUACGUAAGACGGGAGCGUCCACCUACAACGUCGACUCUGAACAGCGCCACCAUACCCACCUCAGCUACCACUCAGGUGUAUAAUGCGUAGGGGAAGGAAGGGUUUGGGUGCAGGUUGAAGAAAGCUCAGGAAGGAUGUCCAAGUCUGAUGUGAAGGAAAACAAGCUGACUCUGGGAAUGUAGGCCAAAUGUACCUACUGCUGCUGCUCCUGCCUUGGUCUCACAAAGGCUGACGCCAUUUAUGUUUGUAACAGUGAACCUGUCCUACUGAUGCUCUGAAUUUACCUGAAAACUGUUUUUGUUUUUUAGUUGAGACACUGUUAUACAAUUAUCCUGAUCGAUUUCCAAUUUCUAAUUCUGUUUUCCCAGGGUCACUACAAUAAAAUAAGUGCCAAGAAUCAAGAGGGUUUUUGCAGACCCUUUUUCAGAGCUUUUAAAAGUUGUAAAAA